CGACUGCAAAGGUAUUACCAGUUACCACCGCCACCGACCGUCGUUUCCUGUACUCCUGUGCGGUGUUCCGUUUUUUUUUUUUUUAUUUCGUUAUUAUUAUUAUUCUAUUUUUUUAUCAUUUUAUCGUGCAAUUACAUCUAAACAAGACACUGUCGUCAACGUCGUCCGGCAAGUUACACCGUAUACGCCGUCCUCGUAUUAACCCGAACACAGUAUUAUUUCGAUUCUAUUUUUAUUUUCAACGUUCUCUGUGCUAAACUUAUCUAUAGAUUUUUCUAGUUUCCGUGUGUGUGCGUGUGUGUGUGUACUUUUUUCCCCUUGUUGUACUGAAUGCCAAUAUAUUCAAACGAAUAUUGUAAUAAUAACAACUUUUGCGAAAAGUAUUUCUUUUUAAUUUGCUACAAGUCUAUUUUUUUUCGGACUGCUCGUUUACUAGCGUUGUCCACUCUGGUCGACUAUUGAAUUCAUAUUUGUUGUCCACGGUUCGUUCCGCACACACUAGACUCAUGCAACUGAAAAAACAUGGACGUUUCGAACAAUUACAAGCCUGUCCUGUGCAAGUUGGACCAUGACAACUGCGUGUCGCUCGUUAACAUUAUCAAGUCGUUCAAUACACCUGUCAGCGAAGAGCAUGCAUGGGCCCUGUGCUAUCAGUGUGCCAAAUGUUUCAAGAACGCCUUUGAACGCGAGCCCAACAGAUGUCGAGUGGUUAAGAAUCUGGAUGAAGUCCGUAUCCACAAGGACGGAUUUAUACACCCUAGUACCAUAAUAAAUAGUGAAGAAAUUGGUAUGUGAUUUACCUACAUAUUUGUACUUUAUUAAAUACCCAUUUGAAUUAAAUAGAAAUAGCUAGUAACCAACCAGUAGUAGGCUCAGGGAACGAUGUGUAACUCGUAGAUUUCCAUGGAUAUUUCUAAUUUUUCUAAUGAUUUUUAUAGUAAUGAGACCUACCGACUUAACUAGGAUCCUAGUUACCUAGAUAGUUUAUUUUUAAUAUAUUAGACCUACAACUGGACAUGAAAAAAUGUUUUAAAUUUAUGUCUAUAAACCCAAUGCUCACCCACUUAACUGUACCUACCCAUGUUUAAUUAAUUGUUUGAAACAAAUACUAAAUCCUAAUUCUAUUAAUUAAAUCUAAACCUUGAUGAAGUGUUAAACUUCACUUAGGUAAAACUAGUUUAUGUAGCAAAUGGUCCUCCAAUUAGUAAUUUUGAAGAAACUAUUUUUCAGCUCUUUUUCAUUCGGGACACUAUAUUUUAAUUAAAUGGAUUUUGUAUUUUUUGGUACCUACGUGAAUAUUGUAAAAUCAUUUUCCUCUAGGAAAUUUACAUCUACAUCUAAAUAUUUUGCCUAAAUAGUAUAAUUUGUAAUCUAUUUUUUUAUCUUGUUUGUUUUAGAAAUAAUUCAAGAAAUAAUUAAGUAGGUAAACAUUAACAUUAAAUUAGAAAAUGUUAAAAAUCAUUUACAUUUACUUAUUUAUAACUUUUUUUCAAUAAACUAAAUUAAUAAAGAACUUGUUUUUCCUUGAUUAUAUCUGCGAUAAAAUGUCAAGUAAAAUACAUAUUCAUCUUGAUUUACCUACCUAAAUAUUAUUUCAAAGGUAAAAAUGUAAUUUACUUUUUAUAAAAAAUUUGAGAUGUUUGUUAAAUAAACUUGGUUUUAAGUAAUAAAAGUCUUAAUAUAUCAAUUAGCUUGUACAGAAGUGCCUUAGAUUCUCUAAAGGCUGUGUAUGGACAAUGUGAAAAAUUAAGUCAAGUAGAAAUUUAGGACCAAGGUGGUUAAUCCCAAAUAAAUAGGAUAGGCGACUGAGAAAAAUAUCUAGAUAAUUAUUACCUUUCAUUAUAUUUCUAACUAUGAUUUUAAUCAAGUUUUACAAUAAAACUAGGUAGAUAAUGGAAAUAUAAACUUUUUUUCCUGCAAUUGUUAUGCUAAUUUAAAUAUUUUAAUAUUCGUAUGAGGAUUGUCAAUGCAUCUAUUAACAUAGGAAACAUUUAGUUUGUCUAAAUUUUACUUGCACAGGUGCAAUAAUUAUCUGUCAUUGUUUGCUCGGAAAAUAGGUAGCCAUGGUAAAUUAUAAACAUCAUUAUUCAUUAUAAUGUUUUACCAACAAAUCUCACAAAACAAUUUUUAAAUUUUAUCUAUGUAGAUACCUAUCAUGUUUUAAAAUUGCCUAUCUAAGUUUUGUUUAAACAAUUGACAUCUAGGUAUGUUUGCAAAAGGUAAAUGUCCAUUAAAUAUCCAGAUGCCACCAUACAUAUAAAAAAAAACUAUUAAAACUAUAAAUAUGAAUGUCACAAUUAAUACCUUGGUUACUUAAAUAUAAAUUUGUAUAAUUUAUAUAUAUAGAGAGAGAGAGAGAAAGAGAGAACAGGUAAUUAAUAGAGAUACAAUAUAUGAUCAAUAUUUUCACAUAAGACACUCAUUAUUUAGGAAAGUAAGUACCUAGGUACUUUUUAACUUUUGAAUUUCAGAAUUUUUGUUUGGAAAUGUCAGUUAAGUUCGGGUAAACCACUUAAUUACCUAUCUCUAUUAUUAAAAACUAGUUUAAAUACAUUUUGGUGUUAAAAUUUUAAUUUUCUAUAAAAUCGUUUGUGAGCUUCUACAACUUAAAAGGUAUAUUUAUUUUGGAGUCAAAUUUAAAAAUGCAGUGGAGUAUUAUUUGUGUAGUAGCGUCCUGAUAGUGAUCCCCUGGUCUAUUAGAUUUGUAGGUACCUAGUUUUUUUAUGUUUUUAACCUUCUAUUUGGUACCAAUUUAUUAUAUUCUAUAACUAGCAUACAUUUAUCAAGAUAAUAUGUUUAAUGGUACAUACUUAUUUGUUCAAAGCAAAAGUUACAGCCUUACUGGUUCAUCAAUUACUUAAGUGUGUUUAUUUGAUAUUUGUAUAGUAGUUAUCUAGUUCUAUAGUGUUAUAUAAAGUAAUGACAUACUGAUUCACUUGUACUAUAAUGAUUAAGAUAGCUUUAAUAUAUGAUAUACAAAUAUAUCACAUUGGUUUUAUAAUUUCAUUUUUAUGCAGAUCUAAAAAAAAAAAAUGUAUAAAAUAUGUUAUACUAUAUCUACUUAUGUAGGUAAAAGAAAAAUGAAUAUAUUUAAAUUGCAAUGUAGAUACUUGCUAGUUCAUGAUAGUUAUUGCGUGUAUGUACAAACUAUUUAUUCUUCAUUGUAACAUUUUUCUUUUCAGUAUGCAUCUAAAAAGGUAGCUUAUAGCUAGUAAAUUAACAUUUUGGUAUUUUUGUGCUUUAAUUUUAAAGUUUGUACACUAACCACUUUAUUGGUUUUCUAAGAGGUUUUUUUGCUCCAAAUUUAAAUAUAUGGUAUAUUUACUUUUUGUUGAGUAUUGUGCAGGUGUGCCCAACCUUUUUCAACUUAUGGAUCUCAUUCAAAAUUUAUAUUUAUACUAGCUGCUGUAUAUACUGGUUCAAUUUGAUAAAAUCUACAAUAGAUAUAGUAUUAUAUUUGAUCACUAAUCAAAUUUUUGAACCGUAUAGUGUGUGUUUAAUUGAAUUUAAAGUAUUGAAGCUUAUUAAAAUAACAUUUUUUUUUUUUAUCAUUAUUUUUAUUUUUGUGUAUACCUAUAAAAAUUUCUAAUUUUAUUAAAUGUUCACGAGCCGAAUUCGCAGCAACCUGCGGGUUGGGCACACCUGAUAUUGUGUAUAAUAUUUUGUAUUUUGUAAAUUAUAUGCCAAGGCUGUUUAAAAAAUUCUCCCAAUUCAAACAUAUUAUUUAAAAUGAAAAUAUACUUGGUUAUAAAAGUUAAGUACCUCGGUAUAGAUAACUAAGAAUAAGUUAAGACAUUAUUUGGUAUAUACUUUACCAAUUAUUAUUUUGGGAUAUUUAAUCAAUUAAGAUGAAAUACUAAUUUAUUUGUAUUGAAGUUAUAUAAGUAAAUUAUGCAUUUAGGAACUGUAUAACAUAUUAUUAUAUAUUGUUUUAUGAUGUAUAAAUAAUAAAUACCUACCUAUAAAUUAAAAAUUUAGUAUUAAUUAUUAAAAUAUUUAUACCCUAAAAAGUUUCAAUAAUAUUUAAUAAUAUUUAUAUUAUUUUGUUUCUUUCAGCCGAAUGCCAUGAAGAUAUUGAAAAACUUAGUAAUGAAAAUGAUAAUAAAACUAUACUUAAACAUCAUGUAAGUAUACAAGAUACGACCUAUGUUUAAUGAUUAUAAUAUAUGAAUAAUACUACCUAAUAGAUAACAUAUUAUCAAAUUUAAAAUUUGAUCUAUAAUAAUAUAUAUAUAUAUAUAUAUAUAUAUAUAUAUUAUUGUACUAAGGUAGAGUAGUUAACUUAUUGUCUUGUGUAAGAUAAUUCUUUUCAAUUUUAUUUAAUAUACAUUAUAUGUUUGGUAACCUUUAUGUAAUCAUUUAUUCAUGUUGAACAAGCACCCGUAUACGAUAUUGCACCAUAUUACACCAACAUAAAAUCUACUUUUUUAAAACUAUUUUAAAUUCUGAGUGGAGCGGAAAUGUAAAGGUUUUAAUAUGAUGUGUACAUAUUAUGUUAUUUUAUUUGUGUGUACACACAUUUUUACCCUAUUUAUAUGUAUUUUACAUUUUUGAGUUUUUAAUUUUUAAUUUAAUUUAACGUAAAUAAAAUUGUUUGACCAAACAGAAAUGCUUUAAAAUUUAACAUCAACUUCAUUAUGAGUUGUACAUAGUGGUAAAAUAAAAAAAUUCUUUGUAAUCUAGUAUUUUUUUUUUUUUUUUGUACAUGUGUUAAUAUCAAAUUUUGACGCAAAUCGUAAUUAUAUAGAGUAAUAAAACUUCACUCAGAAUUGUUUUUCGUUGGUAAUUAUUUAUUGUUGUGUACUGAUAUAAAUUAAAUAACUAUGUAUUUUACUUUCUUAAUUUCCCACCUAUACAAAUGUACAAUGUACAUUGUACACCUAUCCUCAGUACCAAACUUUUUAUACAAUUUGAGUUUAAAAUUUUAAAAUUAAACUAUUUUUCUUUUUCUCUUUCGCCUUCAUUACAACUAUUUGGAGUUUACCACUCUCAUCCUAAAUAUCUACUUGACCCGAUCUCCUAAAUCAUCCUUGCACACACUGACCUUGUAUCAUUUUCAAUCGCAUCCAAUUACCUUUUUUCCAAUCUUCUUUUAUCUCCUAUUCCUAAUAUGUAUAUUUUCAUUGCCGUUUUUACUGCUUCUGUUUCUACUCAUGUUAUGUUCAAUCUCAGUCUAUUAUCUCUCAUUUUGUCCACCAUUGAAGUCACACCCCAAGGCACACUUAUGUCAUCUUUUAUAUAAUCAUUCUUUAUUGUAUCUACUUUCAUAACUCCACUCAUCCACCUAAGCAUUUUCAAAUUCAUUAUACUUAUUCUCAGUUCUAUUUUUUUGUCUGUCUUCAACCCUAAACCAUACAAGAUAGUCUAUUUCACGAUAUUUAUGUAAAACCUACUUCAAGAAAUACUUUUUAGUCUUUUUGGGGUUUUUUUUUUCAUAUGAGGUGCUUGACACUUCUUUCCAUUUAAUUCAGCUAUACUUAAUUUUAUGUUUCAAAUUAUCAAAACCACCAUUAUUUUGUACAAAAAAAUCUUAGGUACUUAAAACUCAAAUUUGUUUAUUACAUUACCACUUAUCAUCAUUUACUUGUCUUUUUCCAUUAACCUCUUAUUUUCGUUUUCUAAACUCAUAUUCUAUAUACUUCAUUUUACUUUUACCUAUCUUUAGUUUCUUUCCUUCAAUUGUUACUCUACAUUCCUGAAGCUAUUGUUAACUUCUUCCAGUUUUUCUUUUAUCAAAGCGAUAUCAUCUGCAAACAUAAUGCAUCAUAGUACUUCAUUUUGUAUUUCCUUGGAGGUGGGAGGUUGGGUCAAGUGGAAGUUUAGAAGAAGAGUGGCUGACCCCAAAUUGUUAGAAUCAAGGCUACGGAGAAAAAUAAAAGGAUUUUUAUUGUUUAAUAAAUGUGAUGUUAAUUUUAUAACAUAUUCAAUAUCUAAUUUUUUUCUUAAUUAUGUUUGUAGGUUAUUCAUUUUUAAAUAACCAACAUUUUUAUUUUAAUGCUCUGGGAACCAUGUACCUAUUAUAAAUAUUAACAUAAUUUCUAAUGCAUGAAAAUGAGUUGUUAAUAAUUAAAAUAAUUUUCACUGUGAUUAAAUGCACAUGUAUGGUAGUUCUUAUGUUGGUACUUUUUCUACCUAUUUUGCUUCAUAACCAAUUUAUCCAAUUAAUUGUACUUUCUUUUUUACCAAAUUUAAAAUUUUGACUAAAUUAUAUUUUAUAUUCUGAGUGUACGGCAGAAGUUAGUUUUCUCAAUAUGAGUCCUAAAAACACUGUUACAGUUAGUAAAGUUGCUCUAAAUUGUUCAUACUGUGUCUCAAAAAAUGCAGAUUUUCCUCCCAGUAGAGCAAUAACUGGAAUAUUUUUCUAUAUUCCAAAAGUUUUUUUUAAGUUCAUAUUUUUAUGAUUUAUUUAAUAAUUUGUUGAUUAUUUAAAAUAUAUGAUUAAAAUAUUACAUAGUUACGAAGAGACAAAGGCAAAUUAGUAAAGUGGUUAAGUCAAAUUUUAGAAUUAAUUAUAAUUAGCUAAUAAUGAAUAUAAUAAGAAUUCAAAUUCAAAUAAUUCAUUAAAAAUAAUGAAAAUUGAUAUAUCUUCAUUAUCUCAGGACGUACUGCAAUAAAUAUAUCUUUAUAUAAUACUUUGUAUUAUAUGAUAGUUUAAUGAUAUAUAUUUACAAUGAUUUCCAUAGGUAAUAGCCAGUUUAGGAUAUAUAGUUUUUCAAGUAUUAGAUUUUGGAAUUGAUGAAGACGAAGAAAGAUCAUUAAAUCCAGAAUUAGAAUCAUUAAUAAAACGUAUGAUAGCUUCAUGUAAGUAUUAUUAAUUAUUAAUGUUUUCCAUUUGAAUAAUAAACAAAUAUAUGUAUUAUUUAUAAUAUCAUUUAGGUAGGUACUAUAAUAUUAUUAUACAGGGUAUCCCAUGAAAAUAUAAUAAGUUUGAUAUAUUGGAAUGUAAUAACUUUUUUCUGAUUUUUUUUUUCAAUUUAAGAAAUAAGUAGUUCAUAAAUGUUGCAAAACCAUUAUAUUUUGUCACCCUCAGUUUUGGGGGAGUAUAAGUUUAAAUAAAUAUUUUGGUGUUGAAAUGUUUGAUCUUUAUCAACCCGUUGACGGGGGAAAGUAGCAUGAUUGCAUAUCCUGUGGUGUUUUAAUAGUGUUACACUUAACCCCCCCCCGCCAAAACCUUAAAACUUAAGGUUUAUUCAUAAGAACCCUCCUAAGAAUAUCUCGAAAAUGAAUUAAUGGAAAUUAAUCAUUUCUACACCAAAAUUUAUUAAAACUUCUACUCCAUCUAUUUAUGACAUUUUUAAUAUAGGUUGCCAUUUGAUAAUCAAAAGUAGAUAGUCUGUUCAUCUCCAAAUAUAAGAGUGACAAAAAAUAAUGAUAUUGUAAAAUUUUAGAGCUACCUGUUUCUUAAAUUGUAAAAAAAAGAAAAAAUCUUAAAAAAGAUAAUAAUUUUCAAUAAGUAUAUCGCAAUAAUCAUAUUAUCUUCGUGGGACACCCUGUAUUAUAGGUGUUAAAUAAUUUUUUCUAAAAUGUUAUUAUUUUAACUUUUAUAUAUUUUCAUUGAACAUUAAUCUUUAACCUAUUGGUCGUCUGCAAUUUUUAAAACAAAUAUAAUAAUAUAUUAUUGCUAAUAAAGUAUAAUUAAUUGUUAACAAAGAGAUAAAUCUAUUUGUUUGUCACCUAUAUAUAAAUAUGAUAAUUUUAUGUUAAAGCACAUUAAACAUUGUUUAAUGCAUAUUUAACAGUUCAAAUUUCAUUUAAUUUAUUUAAGUAUUUAAAUAUUAUAUAUUUUUGUCUUUUACAUUUAUGGUAGCUAUUUAUUUGUUGAAUAAUGUUGGGGUAAAUAAGGUAAAGUUGAUCGUUAAGAGGGUGCUAUACUUACAUGAUGUGCUGUUUUCAUCAUAUAACCGUGAUACAUUGCACAUUUCCGUUCAUCAGUAAUGAUUACUCCGUAUUGUUAGUUUUAAUAUUAUAAUGAAAUGACAUAUUAUAAAACGAAAAAAUAAGAACAUUAUCUGUAUUGAGUAGUGAUUCUCGUAAUUUUAAUUGUUAAAUGAGAUAAUAUGUGUGUGUAUGUGGAGUAUGGCAAUUAAAAUAUGCUUAUAUUUCGCUUAAAAAUUUGAAAAACGAAGAAAACAAAAUACGACAAUGUUGCGCCGAUAAUUUUCUUAGCAUUAGGUUUGAUAACAGGUCAAUUAAUUUUAAUAUUAAAACUAACAGCACAGAGUUGUCCUUGCUGAAUGAAAGUUUGCUAUGUUGCGCAGUUUUAUGGUAGAAACAGCACAUAAGUAUGGCGUCCUCUUAAUGAAUGCUGAGUGUGAUCAUGGUAUUUCUUUUGUAUGAUGUGUUCAUGGCAAUUCUACUUAUGCAUUUUCCAUUCACUAUUAUAAACUUUUUAUUAUUAAAACUGGCUACUUAAUUUAAGUAUGUUACAGUUGCAACUACUUUCCACAAAAAGUAGUUCAUUAAAAAAAAAUAACAAAUUUUUCAUUAAAACGAUCUUUAUUAUGAUGCGUUUUUGAUUUGUAUUUGUGUUUGUCAAUAACUUCAAUCAGUUCCAAUUAAAAAAUAAAGAUACUUUUUUUGCGAUAAUUUUUUGAUUUUCAUAGUAAUUUGAAAAAAAUGGACAAAUUUACGGCAAUAUAAGUUAUAUUAUUUUCAGAGAUUUUACGAACCCUGAUUUUCUAAAUUCCCGAUCUAAAUUAAACUUUCCUUAAAAUUAACGAAAUCGAACCGAAUUUUUUAAAUAUUUUAUCGAACUUAAUAAAAGUAAAAAGGUUAAGUUAGGUAAAAAAAUUUUUAAAUUUUAAAUCUAUAAAAUUAUAAUAUCAUGCAAAAAAAUAGAAUUUUUCUUUUUCGUAACUAGACCGCUCUGUCCCACCAUAGAACAUUGUACUGAUGCCUCCGCAAAAUCGACAUCGAAUGAUUGCCGAACAGAACCGAACACCCAGAGUUUGGUGCGGUUCGAAAAUCGAACACUUACUCACAUUUCUAAUUAUUUUGAGUUGUUGUUUUGUUGUAAUUCAAUUCCAAAUUAUCAUUGAGACCUGUAAUUUUCACUAAUACUAAAAAUGACCUAUUCUGGACGUGGUAAAAUUUCCUUAAAAUUCUGUCAAAUCUUUAAUUAUUUAUAGGCAUAUGAUAUCUAAAACAAUGUCAUACCCAUCCACGGUAUCAGCUCUUUUAGAUUCGGAGCGUAGUAAGUGGUCUAUUGGUUUUAUAAUGAUGUGGUGUUGUUUUUUUUUUGUGUGUGUGUGUCUGUGUACAACUUUUCUGUAAGUUAAUAUUCUGUUGUUGGUGUCUUAGGGAGGUAAUUUUUUGAUUUUCCUAGGGGUUUUCAAAAUAAUUGCGAAAAAACCUGAAAUAAAAUUAUUUCGUAAAACGGCAAAUAUUUAUGGCGCGCCACGACUUAGCAACUUAACCGUUAUCAUUGUUUUUGUUAUAUUUACACAAUUUUUUCUACCAGAAAUAUUGCUCCAAUCCAAAAAUGACAAAAUAUCAAUUUUGUUCCUUUUAAUAUUCACUGAUAAUGAAAGUCAGUUUUUUGAUAUCUUGUGUAUUUUUCAUUAUAAUUGGGGAAAAUUAAAAAAGUCGAAAUAUACGAUUUUGUUCAUGUAAUGGCACAACUAUUUUAUUGUUUUAAAUUUUUAUUUCUACAAAAAAUAUUGAUCCAAUAAAAAAACAUCAAGAUAUAUUUUUUGAUGAAUUAAAACGUUUUUAGAUUUUCUUUGUAGUUAUUUUAAUAACUAAGCAAAACCGAAUAAAACGUAAAAAGUACAGGAAUAUUUACGACAAUAAUUAUUUUUUAUUUUAAAUUUAAAUUUUUAAUGUUAUUUAGUUUAAAAUAUUGUUAAAAUGUUUACAGAAAACUUUUUCAGAACGUGGUAAAACUUUCAGAACUUUUGAGAAAUUUAUAGGCAUUUUAAUUUUGUUAGUUGUUAGAUUUAACAGAAAUGAUUGUAAAUUUUGAUACGAGGUUUAUUAUAAGCUGUACUUAGUGUUAAAAAAAAAUUAGUUUAAUGCAGUAUUUUUAAAAUUUUUUUUUAUAAGAGUUAAAAUCAAAGUAUAAUCGAACUUAGCUCUAAAUCGUUUUUAUUAUUAAUGGUUUAUCGUUACAGGUAUAAAUUAAAUAAUUUUGUGUAUUUCACAUUGCCCAUUACCCACCUACAACAGUUGCCAUAUCCGUCUACAGUAUUAGCUCUUUUUUUUUUUUUUUUUUUAUCAAUAUUGUUUAUGAUAACAUAAAACCCAUGUAAUUAUAUAUUUUUGAAAACUUUUAUUUGUAGUAAAUGUUUAAUUUGAAUAAUGUUUCACUAAGUGUUUAUCAAAUUCGAUCACAAAUACUUAAUACUUGUACUGUAAGAAAAAAUUAUAAAUUAUCAAAAAUAAGGAUACCUACCUAUAUUUUUUUUUAAUUAAUAUUUGUUGAUAAAAAUAUUUAAGUUUUGAAAAAAUUAUGGAACUUAGUAAAUCUUGUUUUUAUUACUACUAAGUAUAACCUAUGAUAAACCUAUCUAGAAAUUGUUGAGUAUUUUUGUAGAGACAAAAUAUUUUAUUUAUUUAUGUUCAGAUGGUAGUAGGCAAGAUGUUCGGCUCAUAAAAUACCAGAAUAUUGUUCUAGAAUUUCACUAUGUCUAAAAAAAUUUAAUAUAAGUAUUUGGUUUUAAUAAUUUUUGUUCACUGAAUUUCAAAAAAAAAAUUACAUACUUAAAUAGAAUUUCACUUCGAAUUUAAUAAAUAAAAUCUUAUGUCAUAAAAUUAGUAUAAUAUUGUAUUAGUAUCUAGUCUGAACAUUUAAUUUCCCUUAUCCAUGAAAAUACAUUUAAAUAACCAUUGACAAUUAUAUUAUUUUUUUUUAUCUGUAGUUGAAUAUGGUUGUCAUGCUCAAUCUAUAGACCAUGGGCAAUCAGGUGAAACUGACGAUGAAGGAAUCGAAAGAGAUUCAGCGGAAUGUGAAGAAAUAUUAAGAAAUAAUUUUGCUACUUUUGAUGAUGUUUUAGAAGUAAAUAUUUACUUUUGUGUAGUUUGUUUUAAUUUUUGUGUAUAAGUUGUAUUUAAAAAAUAACUAUCGGAUGAUACAUAAUUUGCUGAGUUUAUCUAUUUACUUAGCAAAUUACUAGAAUUAUUUAAUUUUGUUAAUAUUUAUUUUAGGAAUGCAGUAGACAUAUAGGUGUGUCAGGUUUGGGUUCUGAAACUCAUUACAAAGCAGUCUGUAGAGCUUUGGUGACAGAAGCUCUGGAACUGUCAUCAUUUUUAGAUAAAUUAUCCGAUGGAAGUGUCUGUUUAAGGCACAGGAAUUCUACUUCGGCUGAAUUGAGUACAUUGGAUUAUAGUGAUUGGGUGAGUUUAAACUAUACAUAACUUUAUAUUGGUACAAAAUAUUGUAUUGUUUUUUAAAUUAUUAAGUCGCAUCUUAAAUUCAUAAUUAAAAUUAGUUUAUGUUCUAUAGUAGAGCAUUUGUGUUCACAUAAUUAUAACACAUCACCUAGUGUAAUUAUGUAAUUAUCAAACUAACCUACAGCGUUAUGGCUUUGGGAAGUAAUUUGUAAAUUCUUAUUAUUUAUAACAAUAAUUUAUGACAUUAAAACUAACACAUUUUGUUGUGUUACUUUUUGUCAGCCCAACCGCAGAAAGUGGAGUAUUUUACAAGUAUGUUUAGAUUAUUGUAAAAUAAAUUACAUUUUAUUAUAGUUAAAAAUAAUUAGCUCAUAAAAUAUUUCAUUUAUAACAUUUUCGGAAUAGUAAAUUAAAAAAUAAUAUUUAUUGUGUGAUUAACUACAUCAUUUCAUACUACCAUUAAUUUCAUAAACAUUUAAUAAAAAUACCAAGAAUCAAAAUCAUGUGCUUUUGUUUUGCUAGGGAAUUACGUUAUUGAAAACCUGUAUUUUUAAAUUUUAAAUCAUAUUUUUGAUAUCAUUAAUAAUAAAUUAAUAUUAUUAAAUAAUAAUUAAUGUAUACUUGAUGAUUCAAAAUUUAUUUGCAUGUUAAUGUAUGUAUAUUGUGUGUAUUAAUUUUAAAAAUUUUGUAGGCCCGUUUAUGGAUACAAUUAAUACGUGAACUACGACGUGGUGUGCAGUUAAAAAAAGUUGAUCAAAGGCCCCAUAAUAGAGUAGAAUUUGUUGAAUAUGCAUUGACUCCAUAUGAAAUGUUAAUGGAUGACAUAAGGUCGAGAAGAUAUACUUUAAAAAGAGUAACCCCUCCUGAAAUUCCAGCAAGAAUUCAAAGAGAUGCCCACGAUGCAAUACUUGAAUUUAUCAGAUCGAGACCACCUUUGAAAAGUGUGAGUAAAUCAAUAGCCGUUAUUGUACAAAGAAUUUCAUAGAUUUGUGUGCCUCAUAAUACAAUAUCACAUUAUACAUGUGAUUAUACAUGCUAUUAACAAGAUUUUUUGUUGAGUUGUUAAAAAUGUCUGAUAAUUUUCAAUUUAUUUCCAAGGAAUUAUUUAUAAUUAAAUAAUAUUGGUGAAUUUAAUAUUAUUUGUUUUUCUAUGUAUAUAAAUAUUAAAUUAUUAUCAGCACUCAGUAAUGACCCUUUAUAAAGAUUAAGUAAAAGUUAUAUAUUUAAUCUUUUACAUUAAUAGCUUUGUAUUGUAAAUUGAUAUUUUUUUAUAUCAUUUAAUUAUCAAUGAAUAAUAACAAUAAUAAAAAAAGUUAUUACUUAUGUAAUAUUUUAUUAUGGGAGAAAAAUGUUGUUAAAUCUAAUGUGGUGUCUAUUAAUAAAACAAAUUAUUUAAAUAUAAAUUCAAUUAUCACAGUAAGUUAUAUUUAUUAUUAAAAAUGUUUUUUUAGGCCUAACUCAUUAACUUUGAUAUAUUUGUAUUCUUAAUCUUACUGUAAUUUAGAUAUAACUUUGAUUUAUCUAUUUCAUCAUACCAAUAAUUAUGAAACAUAGUGGUUUUAACUGUUAGUGUUCAUUUAUGUUUCAGGCUGCUGCAAGAAAAUUAGCUCCUCGACGCCAAGAUAAACUUUCACCAAGAGAACAUUUGUUAGAAUGUAUAAAAAGUGGAAACGUUAAGCUACGUUCUACAUCAUUAACUAGUAAGUCCAUUUUGAUUCUGAAUAAAGUUGGAACAGCAUUUUUUUUACAGUAAUGUUUAUGGACAGAUAGCGGACAAAAUGUGUUGUGUUAAUAUUUAACAUUGGUUUUUUUAAUUUCUUAGUUUUGGUAUUUUAUAUAAAAGUUUAAAAAUUGUAAAAAUUCUCUUGUCAUAUUUAAACCACAGUUAUUUACUCUAGAUUAGAAUAUGCCCUAUAAAUUCUACUAUACUGUUAACCGUCGUCACGGACAGUGAAUUAGUUAAUUUAAAAGUUAUUACUUUUUUGGUUUUACUGAACAAUUAAGUAGCUUUUAUUAUAAAUAUACAAUUACUUUAAUUAUAGUUAAUAUGUCAGUGGCAAUGAUGACAUAAAUUAAACUACCAAUCAAAAAAACAAUAUUACUUAAAUCAUUAAGAAAGCAAUGGCACUAACAAUAUAUGACAUGCAUAUUGUAUUACAAAAUGUUUGUGUAAAUGUUUACAAAAACAAUCAUUGAAAACAAAAAACAACAAUAAAUCACUGUAUAUUUCACAGUCUAGCAGUUGGGACAAUGACAACUAGUGCUUAAAAUAAACAUAAACACUGUAAAUGAUACAUAUGCAGUGAUGUUUUGCACAUCUUCCAAACUAAGUAGAUUGUGGUAGUUUAAACUGUAUUUCUUAAGCCCCAUUAAAACCCAUUUUGUAAAAACUAAUGUGUAUAAAUGACUGUUAAAUUGUUAAUUUUUUUUUUUUUGUAUUUGAAAAAAAAGUAUAUCAAUGUAAUAUUAUGUAUUAAUUAUUUAAAUUUUUAAAAUUUGGUAUCUUUACAAUUUUUAAUUUGAUAUUCUUUGUUAGAAAGUCCUUUACAUAAUAUCAAGUCAUCAAGAUCAAUGUCGAGUCCUCCAAAUUCCUCUCGUACUAAUAAAUCAAAAAGUAAACUUAAUACUUUUAAAGUUUAAUUGUCUAUCUGUAAAAGUAUAGAUUUUAAUUAAAAUUUGUAUUGUUUUGAUUUUUUAGUUCAUUAUGACGAUUCUAUGAUCCAUUCAGAAGAAGAAACCAUGUCAAAUCAAUCAAUAAAAAGUUUGAUCGAUUCAACUAAAGAACGCAAGCUAAUAAAAGUAGAUUUUUCUGCGUUGGCACGUUUAGUGGUACGUUUCUAUAGUUUGACAUUAUUUUCUCAUGCAUUUGUUUAAUAUUUACAUUUUUAUUUCUCAUAUUAAAUUUACAGAGUUCUGAUUCUGAAGAUGAUUCUGAAGACGAAGUAGAAGAUAGUAAAUUUAUGACUACAAAAGUGGACUCCAAAGAUGAAUCAAAAUAUUUGGGAAUGUCCAAUCAAGGUAGUGAAUCCCAACAAAAAAACUGUGAUUUACACUAUCGAUUUAAAACUUUGUCGCCAACCCCAUCCUGUGUGAUAUCAUAAAACAUUUUUUGUUGAUUGUAGUACCUUAAAUUCCAAUACCAUACUAACAUUCCUAGUUCAUUUUUUUUUAAUUAUUUUUUUUAAUAUUAUUUUUCUAUUUUUUAUUUUUUUUUUAAAUUACAGUCUGAUCUGUUUCAUUAUUGUUAUUUGGAUUAUGAAUAUCAUUACACCUAUAUUUUCUAAUAUUAAAUUUUUAAAGCUAUUAAUUUAUUAUACUUAAAUGUACACAUGAUCUAAAGUUAUAAAUAACAAAUAUUAUGUUUAAAAUUACUAUUAAAAAAAAAAAAAAAAGGUUUUGUCUUAAAAUUUAAAUCUUGAAUAAUUCAUACAGUUUUAACAAAUUUUUCUAAAUAUUGUUGUGUUAUAUUUUGUAUAUAAAUAUGAGGUGAUUGAUUUAUGAAAUUAUGGAUUUUUUUUAUUAUUUUUUUUUAAUCAACCAUUAUUCCACGUGUAUUAUAUUUUUGUUACUUUGCAUCUCAUACUACAUCUUUGCUUCACCUACCUUGGCAAUUAAGGUUUAUGAUUUUUAUUUUAUUUUUGUGAGUUUUUUUUAUUUUUGUAUAGAUUUUUAUUUUAUAGAAUAAACAUUAUGUUGAAACUAUAAAACUGCUAAUUAUUACGUGUUAUUCUAAAGAGAAAAUUUAAAAUGAUGUGUACAAAAUCCAGGUAAGUUGCAUAACCUUUGCCCAGUAUAAUCCAAUUUAUUUGCAUUUAAAAUAUAACUUUACUGUUGCUACAAUAAUACCAAUAAAAAUAACACCCUAAUUACUAAUACUGCUUAUAUAGUGUUGUUCAAGCAUAUAUAAUGAUACUACUAUAACAACAAUAAAAACAUUAAACAUUCUAUAAUUAUUAUUAUUAUUUGACUAACCUUAUAAAUUAAUUUAUUAAUUAAUUAAAUUAAUUAUUUAUCUUGACUAAUAACAGUUCAGUAUGUUUUAAUAAUCAUAGUUAAACAAUUAAAACUGGAUAUAUUUUUAACAAAGUGACUAAUUUUAUUUUAUGUUUGUUUUUAGUUAUGCAAUUAAUAAUAAAUACAACUAUAUGUUUUAGAUUUAAUUAAUAAUUAUAUUCAACUCUUUUAGUGAAUGUAUUUGGUGUUCUUAGAUUAAUUUUACUAAACAAUUUAUAUUUUUUGAAAUAUUGUUCUUCAUAAUUAGACACUGGAUUUAUGUUCUUUUAAAAUCUUCAAAAAAGCGCUUAAAAACAUUUAGAAAAUAAAAAUGAUGGAAAGGUUUUAAAGUUUUUCUCUAAUGGCUUUGAAUUGUUAAAUUAAAUUUACUAACUACAAAAAUGAUUAAACAAAUUUCUCUUGAAUAAAAUUUGUAUUACAAAAAAAAAAAAAUUGUAUUAAUCAUUUUUGUAGUAUUAGAAAAUUGUAUUUAGAAAUUAAAUUCGUUGGAGAGAGAACUGUUAAUCCCCUCUAUUACUUUUGUGUUUUUAUGUAUUUAUUAGUGAUAUUUUUCAAGGCUUUUUGAUGUUUUCAAUUUUUUUUUUUUUUUUGUAGAUUUUAAGAACAUAUAAAUACGGUCUCUAUAAAUAAUUAAUUUUUAAAGUAAUCAUAUUCUGGAAGCUGAAUGGAAUAUUAACUCGCUUAAUAUUUAAAGUAUUUUGUUCAUUAAAUGGAAAUUAAAUAUAUAUAACAUUUAUUUUUAUUCGAAUUGUGUAUUUAUGAUAUUUUUAUCUCUUAUAGGAGGAGAAAGAAGACCUUUGGAUCCAAUUUCAAAUAAAAAUGUUCACACAAUAAGAAAACAACAACGGAGACAUACAAUUGCUGACCAGUCGUCUCUGUCAAACAUCAAAUCAAUGGGCUUAUGGAAGCAAGCUCGCAGACAAUCUGUAUUUAAAAACUCUAUACCUACUGUAAGUAUGAUUAAAUUAUACAGUUGUAUAUUUAUUACUCUAAUUAUUGUUGAGCUGAUUGUUUGCAAAAUUAAAAAAAAAAGUGUUGUGGUUUUUCUUCAUUAUUUGAAAUCAAUAUUUAUCAAAUUAGUUUCUCUUUUCAUCUUUUUGUAUCGAUUUAUUUAUUUAUUAACUUUUGUGUGAUCUACUCACAGACAAGAUUGUGUGUGAUUUGGUUUAACAUAAAAGAUAUUAUAGUCUUCAUCUCUGUUAAUGACCUAGAAGGGGAUUAAAGGUUCUAAGGUAUGUUUUGUAUGUGAAUUAGAUUAUUUUUGUUGAAUUAUGGGUUACUUUAGUUAUAUGGAUGAAAUGAAAAACAAAAAAUAAAUAAUAAAUAGAAACAAAAAUGUCAUAACAACGUAACCACUUAAAAUAAGGAGUCUAUCUGUCUGUCGUUCUUUUAUGGGCUUCAAAUAAGAUGAACCAAUUGGAUAACACGUAAAACGUCAUCUUUGAAUCUUUGUAUUUUUUGGUACAGUAAUAACACUACACUACUACAGUACUAUUAUGUCUUCAUAAUUUUGGCAUUAUUAUAGCGGAUACGUAGUUUAAUUUCUGUGUUGAGUAGGUAUCUAUGGUAACACGGAUGAAAAAGUGUAUGACACACUAGAAUACAUAAAAUUUACUCACCCACUAUCCAACUUUUUUUUUUUUGUUCAAGAAACUGAUAUGCACAAAGAAAAACGGGAAUAAAAUAAAAACAAUACCGAAUGCGGGACAGCUAUUUAAUGUUCAUUAAGUUAAGCGAAAUAUUUUCUUAAAUACCAUCUAAAUAAGGUUUCUAGUUUCCGAGUGAUUUAUGCACUAAUUUCCUUAGAAUAGGAUCAGUUGCAGACCUCCUGGUUAUAAGUUAUAUGUUCGUUUCUGACAGGGCAUCAGCAUUUUUGCAAAAAAAACUGCACGAUGGCACUCAAGAUAGCGAAUAGUAUGGUGCAUUUACAAUGUUGAUAGAGCGUGUUCUGUAUCGAUUCUCCCAUUACUUUUAACUAUUCAAUUUUUAUCUCUAUAGUAUUUUGUUUAUUAUUUAAAACGAAACAAAUUGUUUUCAGAGUGAUUGUUUGACUUUGACACUGCAAGAGUUGAUCCAUAUUCGUAGUGUACUUACCAAAGCAGAAAUUGAAAGUUUACCAGUCGAAGGAAAUUUUAAAGAAGACGUGGAAAAUCGCAAAGUAAAUAGUUUUUUUUACACAUUUUAAAUUCAAAUAGAAUUUAAUAAUUAAAAAUAAUAAUAAUUUUGUUUUUUUAGGUUUGUUUUUUAUGUAUGAAAACAAGAUUUGGAAUAUUUGGUCCCUGGGGACAGGAAUGUAAAAUGUGCCAACGAACGGUGUGUUCAAAGUGUUGUACAAAAGUAAUAUAAUUAUUUGAAAAGAUAAACAAACAGAAAUUUAUUGAUAAUUUAAAUGUAAACAUUAUUUUUUAAUUACAGAUGCGCAUGCCCACUGAGCAUUUGUCUCAAAUACCAGUUGUAGCACUUAGUCCAAAUGUAGCUUCAUCUGAACAAAAUCCUUGGUGGUCAAAGAGUAAUUGGGGUAGCGCUCCAUCAAGUCCUCAGAAAUCACUGUCAGUCGGCGGUCCUACUUCCAACAACAGUAUGUCUGCAAGUUACCAUGGUUCAUCAUCGAUCACACAAAAUGUCAAUCGGUAAUGAUUUAUUACAAAAUUAUAUAGUAUGGUUCAAUCAAAAAUUGUAUUGUGUAUGCUGUAAUGUAAUAAUAUACUGUAUAUUUCAGUGCCAAAUAUAGUGCACAGAUGGCUGUCUGUCUCGACUGUAAAACAAUGGUGCUACAAGAAAUCAAAACGUCUAGGGUGAAUCGCUCAAAUUUACUGCGGAAUUUAACACUAGACUUGUCAUCUGUUUAUUAGAAAAUCAUUUCCAAGUUAAUUGUACUUUUACCUGUGUUAAUGUUAUUUUAUAGUUACAUGUUUAAAAAUUUGAUUGUCAUAAAUUAAUUGCUUAAUAUUUUUUUAAAUUAUUGUAAUAUUACUAGUAGAUAAUUACCAGCAAAUAUUUUGUUAUUUUGAAUUAUAUUUAACUAAACUUAUUUUAAACUAUUAAAUAGUUCAAUUAAUUGAAUUAAUUACUAGUUGGGUAUACCCAGUGAUAAUAAGCCAUAAAAAAAAGCACAAAUUAAAUGUGUGCACUGUACAUUGUUCUAGAUUAUAUUGUAAAACAUAAGUAAUUAUGUACCUGUUUUUUCCCGGUUAGAUCAAGUAAUAAUUUUGAUUCUGUAAUAAAUUAUGUCUGCACCAUAACUGCAGGCAUUCCAUUUUGUCAUAAGAUUCCUUUUUGUGUAGAUAUUAAUGAUAAAGUAUGUUAAUUGCUGUUCUAAAUUAAAAUAUAUUGUUAGAAUUUAAAUUAUGUUUAUUAUACAAUAUAUUUUUUGACUAUUAAAAUUAUUUUAGUAAAUGCUUAACUAGACUCAUAUAUUUUCUAAAGAUGAAAAUCUUAUUUUGGUACGUAUACUCAUAUUUAUCGAAAAAUAUGAAUAAAUUUCAAAUAAAACACUGUUACAAUCGUAAUGUACUUAUUACAAUCAGUAUAGUGUUUAACAGUCAUUGCAGUUACGUUGAAUUGUGUAUUUGAAUAUUGUAAUAAAUAAUAAUACUUAAUACAUUAUUAAAUUAUUAAGCUGUACCUACUGUUGUUCAAUAUGCACUUUAAACAAAUUAAAUAAUAUAGUAAAAUUAUA